AUCAUAUUUACACACGUCAUCCUUGACUUUUGUAUCCAUGAGUCACGUAUAAUUUUGCUCGUCUGACUGUCUUGUUUCACCAUAAAUUCGUCAGAAAGAAGUUAAUAUAUUAGCGGCUUUGAUCAUUUAUUCAAUAGUACAAAAACACAAAUAGCGAGAAUGAGUCUACAGUGGACAAUAAUUGCGGCGUUUCUAUACGCAGAGAUUGCGGUAGUACUCCUUUUGGCUUUGCCGAUUGCGAGCCCUACGAGAUGGCAGAAGUUCUUCAAGUCGAAGUUUCUAGCUUACGUAAGUAAUCAAGCGACUAUUUACUUCAUGGUGCUGGUCGGUGUGUUGAUAUUAUGUCUGCUGGAUGCUAUUCGUGAGAUGCAAAAGUAUUCAAGCAUCGAGGCCACAGAUCACCAGCAUUUGGAUGCGGAAAUGCAAGGAAACAUGCGCUUGUUCCGUGCCCAGCGUAAUUUCUACAUUUCUGGUUUCGCAUUGUUCCUUCUUAUUGUGAUUCGUCGGAUGGUGCAGAUGAUUUCCGAGCUGGCGACGUUGUUGGCCCAGUGCGAAGCGAAUUUCAGACAAGCGCAAAGCGCUACCGUUGCCGCCAAGUCAUUGAUUAGUCAACAAGGUGCUGGAGAUGAAAAAGCCAAAAAGGAGGUUGAUGAACUCAAGAGCAAAAUUGAAUUGUUGGAAAAAGAGUUGAUUAGAGAAAAGAAGGAUAAGGAAGCAGUUAAAUCUCAAGCUGAAAGUCUGAACAAGGAGUAUGACCGCCUCGCUGAAGAGCACAGCAAGUUGCAGAAGAAAAUAACUGUUGCUGGUGGGGACAAGAAAGAUGAAUAAAAGUUAUGAAAUAUUUUAUGUUCAAAAAAAGAUAGUCACUGGCAAUCAAGAAUGGUUGUCAUACUUUUAUGAUAUUGGAGAAUGCUUAGCUUACUCAUCUAGCAUUUCAUGUAAACAUUUAAAAUCCUUGCAUUUGAAAUUUAUGUACUUAUCUAUUUGGAUAUAAUAAUUAAUUGUGUCAACAUCUUAUCAAUAUUCACAAGCUAAUAACAUCAAAUAUGAUAACAAACGGACCUCUUAUUGAGUGUUUGUAGUGUAUCCAAGGUUAUGUGGUAAUCAUGGGUAUUUAAGUCCACAUUUGUAAAGCUAAUUACCUGCUAUGGAGGCCUUAGAUUAUAAUAAAAUCUUUUUUUUGUCCAACUAAUCACAUUAGUGCUGUUAUAUUUAUCUAAAUAUUUAAUUUCUUAAGGCAAGCAAAUAUUCUUAUACCAUGUUUAGUGAUAGAGUGAGGUCAGAGUAUUCUGAAUUAUUAGACUGAGAGUGUUUUGUGAAGAUUGUAAAUUUUUAUAGUAGUUACUACAUUCAGAUUUUUGCAUCCAAAAUUUUCAUUCAAUAUUAAUGUCUUGUUAUAAAAUCAAGCUUAAAAAAAUAGUAUACUUAUUAUAUGUUAUUGAAAAUCAGUAGGUUUCAUAAUUACGAAAAAAGAGAAUUUUCUCCUAUAAAGGAAAGUGGGUGGGAUUUGAACCCAGUAAUUUUGUUUUAUAUUUUUAUUCUCAAAAACAUCCACUAUGGCUAUAUGUCUAUUGUCCUUCAAUUGUUUUUUGUAUAAGGCAAGUCUAUGCAAAUCAAGCAGCCUCAUGAGGCUCUUGCUGUGAAAAACAGAUAUCUUGAGUGAUUAAGAUUAUUAGCAUUAAGCUUGCUUGAAUUAAUAAGUUAAUCAAGGAUUUUGAGAAUUUAUUUCCCGUUUCUCUCAACAUCUUAGUUAACCAUAAGUGAGAGAGGGAUGAUGACAUAUUCCUUUGUCAAUGUUUGACCUGCCUCUAUGAUAAGUGGAUUGUAUAUUUCUCAUUGUUACCUUGUUUGUGUCUUUGCACAGUAAACUACAAAACACUGCAUUUGCUUCAUUUUUUUUUAUGAUCUGCUGGCAAAACACCUUUUCUAAGAAUCUAAUUAUAGAUGUUAGAUCACUGUUUGAGCUAGCAAAGAUGAGUAUAAUUCAAGGACUCAUUUCCCAAGUUGUUUGCCUAUAUCACUUUUUAAUGUUCAUUAUAUAGAUUUGUAGGUAUAUUUUGUUCUUUAAUAGCCCAAUAACCAACCAAAAUCACUUCUGAGUUACAAAGUUUAAAAUUUAUGAGAUCUUUCGUCCAAGCUAUGCAGAUAAACAUAUGUUAUUAAUAGAAUUUUAUACCCGCAGCUUCGAUUCUGUAGAAAUCCCCGUGUUACUUCUGAAGGUCUAGUCUUAUCUUUGUGCCUUCUUCAGAAUUGAUCCAUUAGUUUUUUUAGUUUAUUUGUUAUAAACAAAAUUACAAAAGAUUAUUCAUACACUUGAAUAAAAUGUGAAGAAUCUUUUGACACUAAGGGAAAUUACAUCUUCAAUAGGUAUGGAGUGGAGUGAAUUCUUGACAGUGAUAUAAAUAAGUCUUAUUUUAUCAUACUUAUUUAUAAUAUACCUAUGUUAAGUCUUUAAGAAUGUCAUUUGUCUUGUAAUUUAUUCAUUACGUUGUUUAUAUAUUCAACUUGUGUUUGGGUAUGUGGGUAGGAGUAUUCCUUGUUUACACGAACUUAGGGACUAAGCGCGUUGUUCUGAAAAUGUGAGUUAGGAGGUAAUGUUUCAUUCUCAAUGGUGUUGUUCAGAAUCGAGCAUUUUUGAAGUAUUUUAAAUGCUUUAGCAUUAUAGAAGUUGCGAGGGACGAGCUCACCAUUUGAGUAAUGUUCAUAAUGUUGAUAAUUUGAUUUGGUGAGCUGUGAGUUUUCAUAAAUGCCACCUAGCAAUGAGUGAAGUGUUACAAUCUAAUAAAUUUAAGUCAUAGAUUCGUUUUUGAUAGUGUAUGCAAAGAGAGAACUAAGUUCGUGUCAACAAGGGUUUUCGGUUAUGAUUCUAACAUUUAAUUUUAUACUUUGGCGGAGUGUUUAAUAUACUAUGUUUGUAUUUA